CUUCACGAAUUAAGAAUCAAAACAAGCAUCUUCUUCUUCGUUUUGGAUGGCAACCCCUGGUUCGAUUUAAGGAGCUACUGUCUCUUCCUUGUACACCAAAACAGCUUCAACUUCAAACCCAUCUCCCAAACUCCAUUCCUCGUCUUCUUCCUUUCCCCUGGUCUCUCUCUCUUCUUUUCAUUUCUUUUUGGGUUUAGAAAACUGGAUUUCAGGGAGUUGGAAGAUUCGAAGAAGAGUGUAUCAGAGAUCUUUGCUGUGUCCGAUAGAAAGAUCGGAGUUUUAAAUGGGGCGAGAAGAUUCGAAGUCAAAGCGAGGACAGCGGCUUCGAAAACCAUAGAGGUCGAAGUAGACAAGCCUUUGGGUCUGACUCUUGGACAGAAGCAAGGCGGUGGAGUUGUCAUCACUGGUGUGGAAGGAGGUGGGAACGCAGCAAAAGCGGGGCUUAAAUCUGGAGAUCAAGUUCUGUACACAAGCAGCUUCUUUGGAGAUGAGCUUUGGCCUGCUGAUAAGUUGGGCUUUACUAAAACCGCUAUUCGGGCCAAACCUGAUUCUGUCUACUUUGUUGUCAGCAGAGGCGCAGAAGUUGAUGUCAAGAAACUAAACAAGCGUCCGGCUCCUCCUCGGUUUGGAAGAAAGUUAACCGAGACUCAAAAGGCAAGAGCUACUCACAUUUGUCUUGAUUGUGGAUUCAUAUACACUUUACCCAAACCUUUUGAUGAACAGCCGGAAACAUAUGUAUGUCCUCAAUGUAUUGCACCGAAGAAAAGGUUUGCGAGGUAUGACGUGAACACAGGGAAGGCCAUUGGAGGAGGACUGCCUCCCAUCGGUGUUAUUGUUGGCUUAUUAGCCGGUCUUGGUGCUGUUGGAGCUUUGCUUGUGUACGGUCUCCAAUGACGUGUCUAUAAUCGUCUCUCAAAGUGAAUUGUAAACCGAGAAUGAAUGUUAUGACGUCAAUUUGAGAAUUUAAUUUCAGAUAAUGACAUAUUAAAAAGGAUAUUUAUCAAUUUUAUAUUAGAAAAAGGUAAUUUACAUUU